AGCCAUAGCCCACUAAUCCAUGACCCGGCAAAAUCUGAUCUGAAUCUGGCUACCUCCCUUUACAGCCACCAGCCCACGCACCUUGCCCCUCUCACCUGCUAGUAAGCCCCGUAUCUCUGUGCCUACAUAUUCAGGGGCCAAGACAUCAUCACUUCAUCAACAAACUCACAGACCAAACAUUUCUCAGCCAAAAACCUGAGAACCAAGAACACCCAGCAAUGGCCAUGAUCCAUCCCAAGAGGCUUGCUCAGUUGGUGAGGAAGUGGCAAAGGGCCAAGACGGUGGCCAGGGAUGACGAAGCAUGCUGCACGACAUCGCCGGUCGCAGAUAAAGGUCACUGUGCCAUGUACACGGCCGACGGGAGGCGGUUCGAGGUCCCGUUGGCAUACCUCGGCACGACAGUCUUCGGCGAGCUGCUAAGGAUGUCCCGGGAAGAGUUUGGGUUCACAUGCGACAGCAGGAUCACACUGCCCUUCGAUGCAGUCGUGAUGGAGUAUGUCAUGUGCUUGCUCAGAAGAAAUGCUUCAGAGGAAGUAGAGAGGGCAUUCCUGAGCUCUGUAGUGAUGCCUUGCCAAUAUCCAAGCUGUACAGUACCACAUGUAGCGCUGCACCAGCAGCUUGCAGUUUGUAGCUCCUGAAUAUAUGCAGAGUUUUUGCCUCA